AUGUACAGUCGUAGAGAUCGAGAAAGUCCAUCAUUCAUUGAUAGCGUAUCAUUCCAAUUGCGAUCCAGCUUCCACGAUCUCCCAAUACUCGACCAUCAUCACUUCUCGACACAUCACAAAUUCAAAACAUCACUUGAAGAGGCAUAUCCAAUAAUGGAACUCUACUGCUUCCCAGCAGACAAGGAAUUCCAUGUUCCAACAAGAGAUCCAUUCAGUCUCGUAGUCCAGGCAUACUUGAGCAUGACUGGUGCUCAAUAUACAUUGGUUGAGACCACAGAUACUAAUAUAUCUAAAACUGGAGAGCUGCCCAUGCUCAAGGAUGGAGCUGACUCGAUUUGUGGUGCUGCAAACAUUAUUUCGUAUACGACACUGGUCGAGGAAAUACUCUAUGAUGCUUGGCUAUACACUCGCUGGGUUGAAUCUGCCAAAGCAGAGAAUGAACGUACUGACGAAAGCCUGCUUUACAGAACUCUGCCAGUGAAACCUGUUGUGAGCUACUUUACUCAUUAUGAUCCUGCAGGAGUUAAAGCUCGAUUAUCACAGUAUCGUAAUUCAGAUGAGGUUUACAAAGCAGUUAAUGAAGCGUACGAGUCGAUAUCAGCUAAAUUGGACAGCAAGGAUUACUUUUUCGGAAAGCUUGCAACAUCACUCGACGCACACCUAUACGGACACCUAACAUUCCACGCAAUCCGAACACUCCCAGCACCCCAUCUCUUUGCCGCUCUAGACUUUUCUCAUCCAUCUCUCCUCGCUUAUACAGCUCGAGUCAAACUAAUCGCCUCAAAACCACCAACGCAUAUCGCACCCAAGAAAACAACUCUUGAAACUAUACAGACAUACAUCACAUCACUACCAGACCGAAUCAGAAACAAUAUACAGCGUCGAUGGGUUAGUAGUAGUGGCAAACUGGAUUCUGAGGAGGUGAAGAAGCAGAUGGGGAAUGUUGCAGCUGUGGUGGGAGCUGUUGGAGCCGUGUUGGUUUUCAAUUGGUAUUAUGGGAUUAUUGAAGUGUCGUUUGGUGGUAAAGAUGAGGAGGAAGAAGAAGAGACGUCGCCGAGACAUAUGUAUGUGGAAGAGGAGGAGGAAGGAGUAGAAUACGAGCACGAGGCAGAUGGGGACGACGAUGAAGAUCAAUACAAUGGGGUACACGAAUAG